AUGUCUGAGCAGGUUCCAACCCCGGUCUCGGGCUCGGGCUCAGGCUCGGCUCCGGACUCGGCCUCCGCGCCGGCCCCGGUCCCGGCCCCGGCCGACUCUUCCCCCGGGACUACCACCUCCACUGCCUCUACCAUUCCCACCACCUCUACGACCAUGACGACCCCUGCGGCUUCCGCCACCACCGCCACCACCACCGCCGCCGCCCCCGCCGCCGCCGCCGCCACGGAUGCCCAGCCACCUCCGGUCGACGGUUCGACUGCCCCGGACUCGGCCCCGGCCCCGGCCCCGACUCCCGAUCAGCCAAUGGCCGAAGCCACGCAGCCCGAGCCUGAGACAUCGCCCGCGGCACCCGACUCGAAACCCAUUUCCCCGACGGCCGCCGACCCUGAGGCCCCUGCUGUUGCUGCUGCUGCUGCUGCUACUGCCGCUGAUGCUGCCGGAGCCCUGGUCACCACUGCUGCCCCGGUCGGCUCGGCCAUGUCAGCCGGCACUUCUGCGGCGGGUGCCCAGACUGCUGGCGCCCCGGCGAAGCACCCCCCCGCCGUCGCUGCUGACGCCAUGUCCGGCGGUGCUUCCCUGGUCGUUGCCACCCCGGUUGCCACCUCUCCCAUCCGGGCGAAGUCCAGUCUGACGGAGGCCCAGCUGCAGGCUACGCCGCAGCGCCUCUUCAACGCCGCCCAUGUGUCGGAUUACCGCGAGUUGCCGCCCCUGCCGGAGGACCUGGCCUGUGACUUGGCCGACCUCACCCUGGAGGAGCUCAUCGAGCGUAUCCAGACCCUGGCCCUCUGGAAUGAGGACAUCGAGUUCCCCGAGCAUUUGGUCUUCUUCCUGCAGCUGCGCGACUUGCUGGACAACCCGUUCUCGCUGCCGGCACCGGCCGAGGCCGAUGCGACUGCGCCCCCCGGGUCCGGGCGUCUGCCUGGGCCCGGGUCUUCCUUCCUGCGGCUACUGGCGGCCCUGGUGCCGGCCCUGGUGAGCUUUGUCGGCACCUGCCCCGUUCCCUCGCAUCUCCCAGUGCCGCCGGUUGCCGGGGGCGCGGAUGCCAGCCCCCCGGUGCCGGUGUCCCGGCCGGGCUUCGACGUCGAUUCGGCGGAGGUGCGCGCGCGCCUGGCCGCCCUGGAUCUGUUGGCCCGAGUGACCGGGUCAGCCAGUCCGGCCUUCUCGCCGGCCAUGGCCAGCUCGAUCAUCGCCGCCGGUGGGGCCGUGGCCAGUGACACCCUCCCGCCAUUGGCCGAGCACGGCCCGGUCGCCUCGUCUGGUCCCUUCGGCUCGCGCGAGCUGCCCGUCGACAUUAUCCUGGCCAUCAGCGAGCUCCUGUGCGAACACACCCAGGCCAUUGUGACCAUGUGUCUGGUGGUCAUGGAGCAUGACAAUGAAGACUCGGCGCUCAUUGCCAGCCGGGUCAUGACCGACGUCAUCCGGAAUGCCGAUCAGAUAGCCGCCCAGCAGCAGGCCGAGGCCAGCCGCCUGGAGGCCCUUCGCCUGCGUGAGGAGGCCAGCCAGGCUGCCGCUGCCAAUCAGGCCGCUGCGGCGGCCGCUGCCGCGGCGGCCGCUGCCGCCAGCAAGGCUGCCGCUUCCUCGAACAAGAUCGAGGCCCCGGGCGACGGUAAGAAGGACGCUCCGGAUGGGCCGUCCGCCGGCGGUGCCGCGCCCCCGACCAAGCCCGGCGUCAAGCCCCCGGCCACGGCCAAGGCAGCCAAGGCCAAGACCGCGGCCGCCUCGGCCAAGCCUGGCAAGGCGCCGGGUGCGGCUGUGGCUGCGGCGACCACCGCCGCCGCUCCGACCACCGUCGGGGGGGCCGCCGGGUCCGCCCCCGCUGGAAAGGCCGCCACCGCCGUCGGGAAGGGAGCCGCUGCUGCGGCUGCGGCUGCGGCUGCGACUGCGGCCGUGGCCGCGGCCACUGCGGCGGCGGCCGCCCCGGUCACCGCCCCGGCCCCGGCCGGUAGUGCGACUCCGAUGAGCGGCUCCGCGCCUGCUGCAGCCAUUUCACGGCCGACGGCCGCGUCGCUGACCGCGCGCCUGACCGGCACCAAGGCUCAGGCGCACACGCAGCAGUGCCUGCGUGCCCUGCUGGGUCUCUUCCGCACGGCCUGCUCGAACCAUGGUCGCUCUGUGCGCAUUCUCCUCACCGCCGUGGCCAGCACCACCCCCGAGGAGGGGGCCAGUGGCGAGGACGACCCGGAGUCCUGCUACGGUGCACGCCCGGCCGGGGUGCCCCCCUCCAAGGGGCUGCUCAAGUCGCUGUUUGGCUUCCGCUUCCUCGGCGAGCUCACCUCCCUGCUGGGGUUCCUCCUGCGGGAUGCGCGCUCGGCCGACCUCGGCGACCUGAACCACUUCCAGGAGUCCAUGCAGCUGGCUCUGCGGGCCAUUUUGCCGACCCCCGGGCCCGGGGAGGCCUUCCCCCUGCCCUCGCCGCAGCCCUACCUCGACUGCCUGUGGGUUCAGUGCCGGCUGGUGAAUGCCCAGUUUGCCAUCCUCUCCUCCCGUGGGACGGACCUCAUCCUGACCAUUCCCCGGCUGGCGAUGCGUCUGCUGCGGGCCUGCCCGCCGGACACGGUGGCCGUGCGCCGGGACAUCCUGAACCUCCUGCGGCACUCGAUGCUCCAUGAGCCGCGGCACAAUUACCUGGAUUACUUCGAGGACUUCCUGGACGAGACGACCCUGCUCGGGAACCCGCGCAUGCAUUCCGGCACCGCGGGAGCCAAUGCGGCCAGUUUGCUGGCCUAUUCCAUGCUCCGGCCGAUGGCCGUGUCGAUUGUGGCGGAUUACGUGCACUUUGCCCGGCGGCAGUUGUCCCUCGCGCGCAUGCAGGCCGCCACCGAGGCCUACUGCCGGUACCUGCAUGACCAGGAGCUCCCGAUCAAUGUGCAGAUCCUCUCGGUCAAGGUGCUGCUGAACCUGUGCGAAACCCUGUGCAUUACUCCGCGCGAUGGCGAGCCGCCGGCCGCCCGGCGGAACAUCGUGCUGGCGGUCUUCCGGUCGAUCGCCGGCAAGUUCGACCAGCUGGCCGCCAUGUUGCCGGUGCUGGUGGCCCGUGCGCGGCGCCGUGAUGUCGCCCUGGCGGCUGACGCGCCUGACUCGGACACCGCACAGGCCUCCGCUUCCCCGGGGCAGCCUCUCGACGAUGUCACCGCCGGCGACUGGGCCCUGCACCAGCCGCUGCUCACUUGGCCGUAUGCCGAGCUGACGUACCCCGGCGGGGCGCUGGCCGCGCCCGGGUACCAGCUGAAGUUCGGCCUCGGCACGGCGCACCCGACCUCGGCCCUGGCGGCCUCCACCAUGACGGCCAUUUCGUCGGCCUGUGUGGUGGGCUCGUCCUCGGCGUCGCUGACGGCCACGGCCGUGGCCACGGCCGCCGUGUCGGCCAACGGCAGCAUCGACCUGGCCCUGGCCCAGCGCAUUCCCUCCCUGAUAGGCAUCCUGCCAUCGGUGCCGCAGGCGGUGCACGAGAAUUUGAAGGAUGCCCGGGCCCUGUACCGGAAUCUGGCGUCGCUGCUGCCGAAUUUGCAAUUGGUGGUUCUCUUCUUGGACCUCCCUCCCAACAGCCCGACCACCAUGCAAUUCCAUGCGCGCAUCAAUGCCGAGAUGGCCACCGGCCCCGGGGGCAUGGGCCAGGUCCAGGUGCAGGCCCUGCUGCGGGAUCUGCUCAAGCGCCAUGUGCCCUUCACUCCGAGUGAAGGGUCGCUCUCGUUGCGGUUCUUCGCCGGGCUCUUCCAGUCCGGCCUGCGGGCGUUCGAUGUCUUCCUGCCGGCGGUGGCCCGGACGUCGGCCACCUGCCUGCGGGGGGCCCUGGCCACGGCCAUGGAGGCCACCGGCGGCCUGCCGGUCCUGUCGGAGGCGCUGCGGCUGCAGCGUUUGGCCGGCGCGCCGACCCCCUUCGGCGACCUGCUGGACUUGGCCAGUGCCUUUUCCCCGACCGAGGCCCUGGCCGCGCACUGGUAUGCCGGGGGCCGGGUGCCGGGGGUGCGGCUGCCGUUGCACACCGGCCCGGGGGCCGGGGCCGCGUCGCUUGUCGAUCAAACGGUGGCCGACCUGCUGGCCGAGGAUCUGGCCGCCCUGCGCGGGGACCAGGUCGAUGUGGCGGCCUCCCGGGUGCCGGCCGACAUCGCGGCCUUGCCGCAGUCUCCCUCGUUGAAUUACUCCUCGCCGGCCAUCCUGCAGCCCUUGCCGCGCAUUGAACGCGAGGCGCUCAGUCACUUUGCCAAUCUCCUGUCGCUGUUGCACCCGCUGGCGGUGCGCGACCUGCUGGAGGGGCUCCUGCCGAUGUUGGUCGGUCGGAUUGCCGAAAACCUGCAAACCUUCGGCUUCAUGCAGGAUCUGCUGGCCACCCCGCCGCCGGUGUUGAAUGCCGUCACGGCCGAGUGCCUGGGCCGGUGGCUUGUGGCUCGGAUUGAGUGGUGCGGCCCGGAUGCCGAGCGGGCCAUCGACCGUGCGCACCGGCAGCAGGCCCUGCGCCGGGCCGGCGGCGAGACGCUAUUGCACAUGGCCGCGGCCGCGGGCACGGCCCCGGUGCGCAGCCAAUGUGUGUGCUUCGCCCCCGGGGCUUUCGAUGAUGAUUCGGACCUGGUCCGCCGGGCCCUGCUCGGGGUGCCGGGGCUGGAUCAGCCGGAGGUGGGGCAACGCCGGGAGGCUGGCGCCCCGGCCCCCGGGCUCCCGCCGGCCGUGUGCCCCUCAUGCGACGCGACCCUCCUGCAUGCGGCCCCGCUGACGCCCAUUUCCAUGGUCCUCCUGCGCCUGUUCAAGCUGGUCCUGACCACCUUCUCCCAGGACAGCAAGAACCCCAUGGACCAGGGGGAGCAGCCGCUUCAGCCCUACCUGCGGUAUAUGAUCAUCAAGACGCUUGAGGUCGCCGGACGGGCGCACGACCCCCGGUCACAUCUGGGCCUCUUGCGGACCCUCUUCCGGAACCUGGCCCAAUCGCGGUCGGACUCCACCUACAAGAUCAUCCUCUCGCUGACGCCGUUCCUGCUGACGCAGCUGACGCGCCAGCUGGAGGCCCGUGCCGAGGACAAGGACGUCCGGGAUAUCCUGGUGGAGCUGUGUCUGACGGUGCCCGUCAAGCUGUCGGACCUGCUCAAUGACCUGGGGUACCUGAUGAAGCCGCUGAUCCUGGCCCUGCGAUCGGGCACCGAGCUCGUGGGCCAGGGUCUCCGGACGAUUGAGCUGUGCAUCGAGACCCUGGCGGCAUCCUUCCUGGACCCGCUGCUGGCUCCGCAUGCGGACGAUCUGAUGGACGCCCUGAGCCUGCACUUGCGCCCGCUGCCGCACAACAGCACCCACGCGCACACGACGCUGCGGAUUUUGGGCAAGCUCGGCGCUCGAAGCCGUCGCUUUGCCCAUCCCCGGCCGCUGGCCUUCAACCACUCGCCGGAGGCCGGCUGCACGGUGUCCUUCCCGGUGAAGAGCGGCCUGGCCGAGCCGGCGGCCCCGGGGGAAGCCACGCAUCUGGCCACCUCGGCCAUGGAGGCGGCCAGUGUCUCCAGCGCCGCGGUCAAUUGGCUGAGCUUGCCGAUGGAUGCGGCGGUGGCCGAAGCCGCGCGCAUCCUCCGGCUGCCGCUGAUCCUGCCGCCCGGGGACCCGGACGACCCGGCCGCCUCGCCGGUCCUGGUGGGCCUGGAGCAGGAGCUGGCCCGGCGUCGCGACGCCUCGGCCCUGGUGUGCGCCCUGCUGGAGCUGCUGCUGGAUCCGCGUGCCGGGUCGGAAGACUCGGCCACCGAGGCGCCCCCCGGUGCCGGGUCCGAGGGCGGCCUCGGGCCUCUGCCCAAUGUGGUGGCCGCCACCUUCCAGAUGGUGCCGGAUAUCGCCGCGCGUCGGGCGGCCAUUUCCCGGGCGGCGGCGGCAGCAGCUGCGACGGCGGCAGCGGCGGCGGCGUCCACAGCCGCCGGGUCCGACCCGGCAGCCCCUCCCCCGGAGCCGGCUUCCACCCCGGAGGCCGAGCGGGCGGCCGCCAUGGCCGCCACCGCGGAGCAGCUAUUCCAGGAAUGGCGCCGGCGUGAGGCGGCCGGAGCCGGGGCCGGCAUGCCGGCUACCAUGAGCACCGGCGGCCCGACUGGGCAGUCCUGCCGGGAGUCCUCCGCCUCGCGGUUGAUGGCGGCGGUUUUGCUGGCCGCGGCUCCGCCCUUGCUGGAGGUGACCCUCGGCGAGGCGGUCCUCGGAUCGAGCCUGGUGGACCCGACGCGUGGGCCGUACGGCUCGGUCGAGGCGGCCAUCCGCCUGACUCGGUCGUCUCUCGGCCGGCGGUACGAGCGCGAGGUCCAGGCCCCGGCCCGGGCCCUGCUGGCUGUGGUGGCCCGGCAGCUGGCCCUCUGUCGAGUGGCUGGCCGGGUGUUCUACCGGCCGGCGCGCUUCAAUCCGGCCUUCCCGCCCCUGGCUCCCGGCCGGCCCGGGGAGUUCCAGCCGCCGCUGGAGCCCAUGCAGGUCCCGCCGGUGCAGCAUGCCACGGCCCCGCACUUCGAUCUGGAUGUGCUGGUUUCGGCACUGGUCCAUGUGCUGACACGCGAGCGUCGCGACGACCGGGUCCUGGCCGGCGAGGUGGCCCGCAUCCUGCGCAUCUAUCGCGACACGUGCUACUUGAGUCUGGCCUCGCAGCCGGAGGCCGUCUACAUGGAGCUCUUCUUCGAAAAGCUCCUGACGCAGCUUCUGUUCAACUGCAGCGCCGAGAGCAGCACCGUGCGCUUCGGGGCGGUCCUCGGCCUGCGGGUGCUCAUCGACCAGCCGCAGCUGGAUCUGAAAUCCUGCGGGGUCACCCGGCAGAUGCUGCUGCCGGAGCGCUUCCCCCUGGAGGAGCGAGACUUUGUCCUGCCCGCCUCGCUGGAGGGGUCCAUUCCCGGGGACUUCGCCUACCAGCCGCUGGGGCUGAGCCCCGGGUGGCUGAUCCACUUUGAGGAUCGCAUCGUCGGGUCGCUGUUGCAUGUCCUGCGCGACAGCUGCCCGGACUUGCAUGCCAGCCUGGUGGCCGAGACGCGCCUUUGCCUGACCACGCUGCUGGCGCUUUUGCGCCGGCUCCGGUCAGCCGCAAGCACCACCGCAGCCCACCCCAGCGCCAAUGACGAGCCGGCACCCCCGGCUGGAGCUGAUCUGACCAUGGCCCCAGCCGAGCAGGAUCCGACGACCGGGGCAUUGCCCGACUCGCCCGGCUCUUCGGAGACCCCCCUGCCGGCGGGCGAUGCUGCCAUGGUCGACGCGCCGACCGACGACCUGGCCAGCGAGGCUGGCCUCCGGCCAGGCGCCAUGCCGUCCUUUGGGUCCUUCCAGCCGGACGUCCUCAACGCCACGCACGAGGCGGCCCUCGUGUGCUUGGUUCAGCGCCUGCUCCACGAGCUUAACACUCCGUCGGAGCUGGUGCGGCGCACGGCGCGCACUUGCCUGCGGAUCCUGGCCCGGAGCCGGUACAUGGACGAGGCGCCGCCGGUUCCAGCCGGACCAAACGCCGAGGAGGCCGGCAUCCUCUCGGAUGAGAGCGACUCCCUGUGCCGACUGCUGAAGGCCGCGCGGAAUCUCUCGCUGGCGCGCUUCAACCGGGUGCAGCCGUUCGACGUGCUGACGCCGGCCUCCGGCAACCCGGCCCAGACGCCCCAUCGGGCGCGCUUCCACCAGUACACCGUGGCACAGCAAACGGCCUACCUCGAGUGCAUGGGGUUCUACCUGUCGAUGAACAUCACCUUUGUGUCCAGCGAACUGGCCGAGAUGAUGAGCAACUUCGUGUCGGGCAUCAUCGCCGGGGUGCUGCCCCUCUUCGCCAACAUGGUGAAGAUCCCGCCCGAGCAUGCGCACUUCGUCGACAACCCGGCCGACUCGCUGAUCCCCCAGCCGGGGUAUGGCAUCUUCCCCUGGUCCAAGCAGCGCAUUCGCGUUUUCAGUGCCAUGAUCGAGCUGUUUGCCGUGCUGCUGGUCCGCCAGGAAUUCGCCGACCUCCGCAUCAAGAUCACGCACUUCCUCUUCGUGGUUUUGUCCUCUCCGAUGACCGCCCUGCAUCCGGUCACGCACAAGGUCAUCAGCGUUGCCAAUGUCCUGAACCGGGUGGAUCGCCAGUCGCUGCAGCGCUUCCUCCGGCCCUUCCUGUCCAAUGUCAACAGCUACUCUCGGCUGGACAUGUACAUCCUCCGGUCGCUGUCCUCCUUCCUUGACCUGCUGCCGGCGCUGUUCAACAUCAACCUCGGCAACCGGUUGUUCGAGCUCCUCGGCCUGUGGGGCUCGCUCCUGGCCCUGAGCAUGGGGGUCCCGGCGGCCGAGCUCCAGGAGUACGACCUGCCGGAGCCCUCGUCGGAGGUCCCGCUGACCAGCCAGCCCCUGCCCUUCCGCAAGCAGUCCAUCGACCUGAGUGUGGCCAUCUUGCACACGUUCCACCUGCUGUCCGACUGGGCGGAGGCCCUGCUGGAGAUCACCUUCAAGCGGGUGGUCGGCCUGGAGCGCCUGCUGCAAAUGUCCCUGGCGUCGCCAUACCGGCUGCCGCUGGCCCGGUUCAUGGCUCGCUACCCCCGGUCGGUGGUGGGGCUCUUCUUCAACUUCACGCCCGUGACGGCGGCCAUGGCCGCCGCGCCCGGGGGCAGUGGGUCGGCCAUUUGCCCGAAGGCCCUGCGCCAGAUGCCGGACCUGGAGGACAUGCUGUCGGCGUCCUUCUUUUCCGGCGCCCACUUCACCCUGUUCCUGGACCUGGUGGAGACGUACGGGGCCACGCUCUUCGAGCCGGUGGCCCUGGCCCUGGCUCCGGUGGUGCCGUCGCUGUUGGUCCUGCUGACGCGCAAUGUGCCGGCCCUGGGUGGCCGUGCGCUGCACACGCUCGGCCAGGCGGCCCGCCUGACUCGCCUGGCUCUGGACCUCUUUGGCCCUGCCUACCUGCGCCUGAUCCGGCCGUACUUGAUGGAGUUCCUCCGCGCGGCCUAUGAACAGGCCUUCCUCUUUGGCAGUCGCGAGGGUGGCAAUCCGCUGGCCAUGGUGGCCGGCACCGAGCCCGCCUCCGCCCUGGCUGCCAUGCGCCACCACUCCGGGGACUUUGAUGAUGCCCUCCGUGAAUUGAGCGCCCUCUGCUGCAAGUACCUGGCUUUGUGCCUGCAGCCGGCCACGCCGCCGGCCCUGCGGGCCCCCCUGCCUGGGGACUUUGUGGCCGCGGCCCAGCGCGACCCGGCCAUCGACAGUGCCCUGCCCUCGGUGGUGGAGGCCCUCUUCGGGGUGUGCCCCAUCUUGGUGACCAUCGCCGCCGGCAGCACGGUCAUCGGUCGGCCGAGCAUGCGCCUCAUGGCGCGCAUGCUGGCCCCGGGCCAAGCCUCGACCCCGGGCGGGGGCAGCGGGGCUGACACCGUGGCCGGCCUGUCGGCCGCCGACCUGGCCAGCGCCCUGCCGGUGGUCCGUGACGGCACGGCCCUCCGCGUGUCCGGCUUCCUGCACCGGUUUGUGAUUGCGGCCGGCUGCGUGCAGCCCGGCGCCGAUCCGGCCUCGCACCUGCGCUCGCUGCUCAGCAUGUCCCUUUCGUACUUCCAGUCGCUGCCGGCCGAGGGGGGCAGCCUCUUCCUCAAGACCCACGUCAUUCGCCAGCUGAUCCUGCCCAUCAUCCAGUAUUCCGCCUCGCCGGCCGGGCAGUCCCUGGUGCCGAACCCCUCGAGCCUCCUGACGCCGGAGGUGGUGCUCCAGGUGCGGGACGCCCUGCUGCCGAUUCUCCUGCAGGCGGUGGCCCACUCGAGCCCGGUGGCCGGGGUUCGUCUCUUCCGGCCGUUCGGUGACCCCCGGGGCGAGGGGGCCGAGUCGCCGCCGGCGGCGGCCGGGCCCUCCUGCGGCGCGCACGACCUCCUUUGUGCGGAGACGCUGCAGCUUUUGACGGCGCUCUUUGCCCUGGGCCCGGCCUGCCUGGACCCCAUUCGCCAGCCGCUGCUGGCCGCUCUGGAGUCCUUUGUCCUGGCGGCCGGGGGCACGCUUCCCGGCUCGCCGGCGGGCGAGGAGCCCGGCGAGGCCGGGGCCCGGCAGCUGGCCGGCGGUGUGGCCGAACCCAUCCUCCGGCACAUGGCCUACUCGCUGUUGGCGCUGGUGGCCCGAACCAGCCAGCCGGCCGCGCCGGCCGACACCGUGCUCGACAUGCUGGCAUACCUGACGCGGGGCCUGCCGCCGACGGCGGUGCAGCUCCCCUGCGGCGCGAUUGCCGGCAAUGGUGCGCACUACUGGCACGAGUGCCGGAUGCUCACGCGCCAGACGCUGGACAUUCUCCUGCCGACCAUCGGCCGGACGGACAUGCAGGACCCCGAGGGCGAUGUGCCGGCUUGGGUGGCGGUCCUGCAGGCUGCGGCCCUGGAGGAUCUCAACCCGCUGAUUCAAUUCUGCGCCACGCCCCGGGCGUCGGAUGGGCUGGUGCCCGGGUCGACGACGGCCGCGCACCAUGCGGCCCUCGGCCGGCUGAGUGGCCAGCACACCGGCUUCACCUCGCACGGGGUGUGGCUGCUGCUGGUCCGCCACCGGGACCAGCUGUUCCCCCAUCGCGGGCUGCUUGUCAACCCCAUCGCGCGGAUCAUCCACCGGCUGGUGUUCGGCCCGAAUGCCACUGGCACGGUGUCCUCGCUCUUCCAUGAGAACCGCCAGCUGGCUUGCGAGCUGGUUGAGCUGGUGCUGGCCUGGGAGCAGCGCGCUGCGGCCAGCGGGGCCAACCGGCCCGCUGCCGAGUCCCCGCGCCUUGGGAAACGCGCACGUCGGUCGGACUCCGAUGGGGGGGAUUCCCCGGAGGCCGGGCAGUCGUCCUCCGACGACAGUGCCACCCCGGGUCCGGAGCCGGCUGACGCGGCUUCGGCCCGGCAGCCGGCCCCCGUGCUGGCCUUCUUCGCUGGGUUUGCCUUCCGCCUGGCGUGCACCCUGUCGGAGAUUGGGCACCCCUCGUCGGCCGACCGCCGGCAGCUGCUGGAUGUGUCGGUCGAUCGCCGGUGUCUGGUGGCCGAUGCGGCCGUGGUGUCCCGGCGUUUGUUGGCCUGCUUCCGGCAGUUCCUGGCCCUGCCGGGAGCCGACACCGACAUCCGUCCGCUCCUCCGCCUGGACCUGGUGGAGAAGGGCCUGCAGGAUAUCAUCACCCAGUUGGACAAUGUCCGCCGGCAGCACACCCCGCCCUUGACCCUGCCGAUCCUGGCCAUCAGUUGUCUGACCGGGGCCGGUAUCAUGGUCAGCAAUGGGUCCAGCCUCGGGGCCGGGGACUCCGCCCCGGAUGCCGGGCUCCGCCUGGUUCCCGGGUACCAGUUGCUCCGGCCGCCGGCGGCCGUGGACCCGACGGCCGAGGCCGCGGCCACCCUCCAGCGCACUCCGGCCGCGGCGAAUUUCCGCCUGCGCCAGCUGUGGCGCGCGCUCUUCCGCUGGAUCAGCCCGGAGCUCGGCCUGACCAACACCCAGCUGUCGCACACGCACACGCCGGUGCUGGUGGCUGACGCGGCCGAGGCCGCCAUCGCCGCGCUGGCCGGCUCGGUGGUCAUCUGUCGCGCCUCCCCGCCUGAGUCUGAGCUCCGCCGGACAAUCGAGUCCAUCGACACGCACCUGGACCAGUGCAUUGCCAACUCCCUGCGGACGACCGGCCAGUUGCCGGCCGCCGGCCGCACGGUGUCCCAUUUGCACCAGGUGGCUCUGGCCGUGUACCCGGCCCUGCUGCUGUUGCGCUCGGAUCGUGACGCUGUGCGCACGGCCCAGGCCGCUGCCUUGGGCCUGCGGCCGCGCCAGCACCCCGGGCUCCUGCUUUCCGCCGGGCCGGGCGCCGUGCCCGGCCUGCAUGAGUAUGGCGCCGGGUUCGGCUUCUCCCAUGGCUUCGGCAAUUGGCUGGAGGCCGACCCGCUGGUGGGGGCCUCCGGCAAUGUGGCGCCCGAGGCGGCCGGGGCCGGCGGUGUGGCUCCGGCACCGGCCCGGCACCGGCCCGGGCUCGGGGACCUUUCCUCGGAUCGAGUGUCGCGCUUCCUGCCGCAACUGGUCCGGGCCUUUGCCCACAUGGCCUCGGCCUACAGUGACUGGUCCCGCAUGCCGACCUCGAGCCAGUAUGCCCGCCAGCGGGACUUGGGCAUCAUUUCCACGGUGGCGGCCGUGGCCUCGGCCCCGGACCUGGGGGAGACCCUGCGCACCCUGCGCCGGGACCCGGCCUCCACGACCCCGGCCCCGCGCACGCCGCCGACCUACUUCUCCCCGAGCCCGAAGAACCGGGUGCCCCCGCUGGCCGAGUGCGCCUGUGGCGGGUGCAUGGCCAGCCGGCCGGGGGCCACCGCCGCCACCGCCGAGGCCGGGGCCGGGGCUCGCCCGGCCGGGCCGUGCUUCCGCGCGGCGUCCGGCUUCAGCUGGCCCAUCGACUUGCAGGCCCGGAAUCUGGUGCUAUUGCUGGACCUCCUGGCGGACCGGGUGGGCAUGCUGUCGGCCAGCCGGCCCGGGCCCGGGCAGCCCUCCGACACGGAGCUCUUCCUGUCGGUGCUGAUGCGCCUGGUCGAGUCGACCACCGAUCCGACCCUGCUGGCGGCCAUCCUGCGCCUGGUGAGCAGCUGGGUGCUGGGCCCGCGGUCGGCCGCCGGCCGGGCCCUCAUCGCCAAGUCGGCGACCGUGCCGAAGCCGGCGCAGCCUGGCGUGACUCGGCGCCUGCCCCCGCCGGCGGACCUGGCGCGGCUGGUGCUCAAGCUCUGCCAUGUGGCAACCAGCCUGGAGGACACCACCAACGACCAGCUUCACCAGGCGUACUCGCAUUACCUGAACCUGGCGCUGCUGCUGCAGUUCGACACGUCGGCCCGGUCGGCCGCCGCCCUGGCCGCCUCGCAUGCGGCCUUCUUCUCGGACGCCGUGCACAGUCUGGUGCUGGAUGUCUUCGAUGUGGCGCAUCAGGGCUCCCCGGGCGAGUCGCCUGGCGCCGGGUCCCCUGGUCCCGAGGAUGGGGCCCCCUCGGCGGCCAUCGAGCCCGGCACCCCGACCGCCGGGUGUGUGGCCCUGCUGCCGCGCCUGGCGCCGGCCUUCAUGCGUGGCCUGCGCCUCCGGCGGCCGGCCUUGCGCGAGCUCUUCCUCGGCCGGUUCCUGGCCGGGCUGACGCGCGUGCCCUCGGCCCGCCUGGCGCACCUCCUCUCGGAUGACACCUGGCGGUCGGUGGCCUCGCGCUACUGGCUGGAGGCCGCCACCACCGGGCUGCUGGAUCUCCUGGCCCCGGCAUCGUCGCCCUUCGCCGAUGGUGCUGUGGCCAGCUGCCCGGUGGGCCCGGGGGCGCCCCUCCGGCCACUGGCCUCGCCCUAUGACCAGCUGCCCUCCUGUGUGUCGGUGGGCACCCUGCGCCUGCCGGCCCUGGCCGAUCUGGAGCAAUUUGCCCAAAGCCUGUUGACACAGGCCGCCAGCCGGCUGGGCCCGGCGGCGGGGUCCCUUCUCGGCCUGGACCGAGCCCGUGCCACCCUGCCCGACAGUCGGCCCAUGCAGAACUUCGUCCGGCUGCUGACCGACCACUGUCGGGAUCUGGACCAGCUGGGGCUCGGCUUUGCGCCGGAUCCCCUGCUCGAGCGCGACCUCCAGCAGGUGGCCCUUGCCAUGGCGACCGGGGUCCGGCCGGCCGACGACGCCGGGCGCACCCUGCUGGACAAUGUGCCGGCCGAGCUGGCUGGGCGCGGGCGCCGGCUGGCCGACCCGCGGCCCUACCAGUCGGCGGCCCCGCGCGGGUGGCGCAUCAUCACCGCCCUGCGCGGGCUGCUGCACGAUGCCCCGGGCCUGGCGCACUCGGUGUGGUGCUCGAUGUUCCCGCGGGUGUGGCGCCUGUUGCUGACGCGCCCGGGCGAGCGGCGCCUGGUCGAGCGGCAGCUGGCCCAGCUCCUGGCCUCGGAUCAUCUGGUGCACCAAGAGCUCCGGGCCGGGUCGUUCGCCGUGCCGGGAACCAGCGGGUCGGAUGCCCUGCCCGGGAGCGCCGGCACCGGGCCCCAGAGCGUGCACUACUUCUACCACUCCGGGGUCCCGUCGGCGCCGGCCGGCUUCUGCGGCCAUGGCGGCUCGCUCUAUGCCCCGACGGCCUUCGUCAACCAGGCCAUCGACGGCGUGGCCACCUCGGUGCCGGAGGCCUGUCCCUAUGACACCCGGUCCUUUGGGUCACUGUCGACGGCCAGCUCGGCCGGGGCCGGGGCCGCCGGGGCCUCGGGGCUCCUGUCGGCCGGCAUCCUCACCGGCACCUCCGGGGCCGGGGCUUCAUCGCCGCUGAAUGUCGUGCAGACCCUGCUGGAUGCGGCGGCCCGAUGCACGGCCCCGCGGGUGAUUGGCCUGCCCCCGCGACUGCUCCAGCGCCUGGGGCAAACCUUCAAUGCUUGGUAUGCGGCGACCGAGCUGCUGGAGCGCUAUGCGGCCCAGCGCUCGGCCCUGGCCGGGGACCGGUACAUCGGCCUGGCCGCCGGGCUGGGGGAUGGGCUGGCCACGGCCGGCGCGGCCGGUGCCUCCCUCGGCGACGGCAUUGACGCCUGCCCGCGACUGAUGAGCGACUUUGAUGCGCUGCAUGCGCGCCCUGGCGCCGAUGAGUGGAGCACCCUGCCGGCCGAUGCCGAUGCCGAUGACACCGGCGGCGAUGCCGCGGCCUAUGGGCUCCCCCGGCCGGCGCGGCUGUUGCCCGGCACUGUCGGUGUCGAUGAUGGCACAUCCUCGGCCGAUGGGGCCCCCGGCCCGGCGGCCGCCGGGACCAUCGGCGCCAAUGACCUCCUGGCGUCGGUCAGCCAAAUGCACCAGGAGGAUGACGACCGUCUGGGGGACGCGGCCCUCGGCAGCCUGGCCGCCCUGUAUGGCGAGCUCGGCGAGUCGGAUGCCUGCUUCGGGGUGUGGCGCCGGCGGGCCCUGCUGCCCGAGUCCCUGGUCGGGCUGAGCUACGACCAGUGUGGCCGGUGGCUGAAGGCCCAGUCGGCGUACGCGCGCGGGCUGGCCCGGGCACGCGAUGAGCCUGGCGUCCUGCCGGCGGCCGAGCGUGCCCUGCUGGAAACCCGGUGGGUCGAAUGUGCCCGGCGUCUGCAGCUGUGGGACAUGCUGGCGGACUAUGGGACCCUGUCGGCCAGCCAGGCCGAGCCCGGAUCGGCCCCCUUCGUCAUGGCCAAUCUCCUGGUGGUCGAUGCCAGCUGGCGCAGUGGGGACUGGGCUCGCCAUGCGGCGGCCCUGCAAGCGGCCCAAGCCGCGCGGCCCUUCUCCCGGGACCCGGCCUUGCGCAUGGCCGAGAUCCUGCAAAUGCUCUACUCUUACAAUGCCCCGCUCGGGGGGGCCGCCACCCCCGGGGCGGCGGAUGGGUCCGGCCCGGGUGGCAUGCCCCCGGCAGGGGGCCCGGGCCCGGCCACCCCCGGUGCUCUGCUGACCAAGAUCGACGAGUGCUACCAGUGGCUGCUCCAGCGGUGGGGCAGCUUCGCCACCGGGGCCGGCGGGGCCGGGGCCUUCGGCGCCGUGCAGAUCCGCCUGCUCCAGCAAUUCCAGCAACUCAUCGAAUUGACCGAGUCGCACCACUUGCUGUCGCUGCUGGACCGGUCGGUGGUGCAUCCGCCCGGCACGCCGGGCGUGCCGGACCCGGUGGACCCCAGCCACCUGUCCGACGUGCGCAUUACCCUGACCAAUUGGCGCGACCGGCUGCCCAACCGCUGGGAUGACAUCGGCGUGUGGGGCGACGUGCUGGCCUGGCGCCAGCACAUGUUCGCCUCGCUGAAUCUCCUGCUGAACCCGACGCAAUCCGGCGCGCCGACCUUGUCGGAGGCCGCGGCCAGCCAGCUGCCCCAGCACAUGGGCCACCAUGAGACGGCCUUCGGCAUCAAUCGCUUUGCCCAUGUGGCCCGGCGCCAUGGGCUCAUCGACACGGCCCUCAGCGCCCUGGCCAAGAUUUACCUCCUGCCGAACAUCGAAAUCCGCGAUGCCUUCCUGAAGCUGCGCGAGCAGGCCAAGUGCUACCUGGACGCGUCGGCCCCCUCGCGGCCCGGGCGCGAUGACGGCCUGGCCCUCGAUGCGGCCGUCGGCCUGGAUGUCAUCCUCAACACCAACCUCUCGUACUUCAAUGACGAUCAGAAGGCCGAGUUCUUUGCCCUCAAGGGGACCUUCUACAUGCGGGUGGUGGACCAGCGCCGGCGUCUGUUGCGUUUGCAGCGCAGCCUCCUGGCCCCGGGGACCGGUCCGGGCACCGGGGCCCCGGCUUCCCCGCCCCCGGGCGAUGCGGCGGGUACCGCCCUGGUGCCGACCACGCCGGCCGAGCUGUCGGCCGCGGCCACGGCCGCCGGUGUGGACGCCAGCCAAACCGAGCAUCUCAUGCACCUGGCCAAUUACGUCAUGUCCACCGGGACAUCCAUGUCGCCGAAGAUCCACCAAGCGUGGGCCGCCUGGGCGGACUUCCAUGAGCGCCGGUACCGGGCCGAGCCGGCUGACAUCCGCCUGGCCCUGAGCCUGGCCCAGUGCCUGCUGAAUGCCGUGGUCCAUGAUGACCGGGUUCAUCGGUACUCGCGACUGAUUGCCCGGUUCCUGUGGCUGAUCUCCAGCUUGGCGGAUGCGCUGCCGGCGGCGGCUGCGGCGGCCGCCGCGGCCGCUGCCACGGCGGCCGCCGAAAACCCGGAUGCCCCCCGGCCGCCGCCGCCCCGGUCACCGCUGGAGGAGAUGGAAAACUUCUCGGUCGAGAUUUGGAGCGUGGUGCAGCUGGUCCCGCGCGAGCGGCUGCUGCCCUUCAUCCACCACCUGAUCCUCGGGCUGUACCGGCCGUCGGAGUCGCGCCUGGCGCGGUCUUUCCUGCCGCUGAUCGCCACUUCCUACCCGCAGCCGGUGCUGCUCAGCCUGCGUCCCCUGAUGCAGGAAGCCCGGGAGAUGAUUCCCCGCAUCGAUGCCAGCCACCGGGGCUACUACAACCAGUCGAUGGAUGCCUACAUGCGUGUGGCGCACUUCUACAAUCUGGUCAUCUCUUCCAUCGUGGAGAAGUUCUGCGACGACAUGAUGACCGCCACCAAGGCCGACCACGACACGGACAUGCUGCGCAUGGUGCAGGAUGUCCUGCGUCAAUGUCACCAGGCCACCAUCCUGGCGGUGACGGCGGCCCCGAGCGCCCCGGCCGCCGAGGAGCCGCCCGGGCCCGGUGCAUCGGCCGGCGGCAGCCAGCCCGGCAUCCAGGAGCCGGUUCCUCUGACCAUCCACCGGCACCUGAUUCAGCUUGGGCGUUUCUUCAAUCCCAAGCAGUCGCGCGUGGCCAUGCCGAAGCUCUUCCUGCAUGAUCUCCAUGUGGCCGAGGACCCGAAGGAGCAGGCCGGCCUCCCGCGUCUGACCCUGAGCCAGGCCACCGGGCGGCUGCGCAUGUGGCGCGAGCGCUUCCACGAGGCGGUCCUGCUCCAUCGGGCCGCUCGCCGGGACCAGGCCCUGUCCAUUCAGAUGAUGGCCAGCCUGCCGCAAAUGAUGCCGCUCAUGACCGGGCCGAAUGUCCACCAGCCGGUGCGCAAUUCCCAGCUCACUGGCGGGGUGGUGCCGCUGACGCCGGCGGCCGUGCUGGCCGGCGGGUCGCAAUUGAGCACCUCCUCGCUGCACUAUGGCCUGGAAGUGCCGGGGCUGGUCAUGCAUGCGGCCUGUGCCGGGGACCAGCUGGCCCUGACCACCCCGGGGGCGGUGCCGCGCAUCCGGCGCAUUCUCCACGCAUCGCCCUUGGUCCGCCGGGCGGGCAAUUACGUCCGCCGGGUGAGCUUCGCCGGGACCGAUGGCCGGACCUACCACUACACCGUGCAGCUGACCAACCGGUCGGCGGUGCGCUUCUCCGAGGAGCGCAUUCUCACCCUCUUCCGGCUGUUGAAUGCCAGCCUCCGGCGGGAUGUGUCGGUGGCGGCGCGCUUUGGCGGGUGCGCCGGGGCCGGGGCCGGGGUGGCCGGCAUCAGCCCGGCCACGGCCGCCUCGUCCGGGCUCUUCGCCGCGCCGGUCAUGGUCUCCCUCAGCCUGUCCAUGCGCUUGGUGCAGGAGGACCCGACGGCCCUCUCGCUGGGGGACAUCUUCGAGCAUUAUUCCUCCUCUCGGGCACAGGCAGCCGACGCGGCGGUCAUGGCCUACCUGGCCCGGCUCCGGGCCCAGGCACAUCUGUUCCGCCUGCCGGGGGCCGCGCAGCCCGGGCGUCUGGAUGCCCUGACCCAGAUCCUGACCCUGCGAUUGGAUGCCUUCGAGGACACGGCCCGGCGCUAUGCCCCGGCGCAUGUCCUUUCCCGGCAUGUGGCCCGGCUGUUCAACUCCCCGGCGGAUUUGUACACCUUCCGCCGGCGCAUGGCCGCCUCCUAUGCGGCCACCGUGCUGAUGUCCUACUCGUUGGGCAUGUCGCCGGAGCGUGAUCCGCAUCAGCUCCUGCUGUCGGCCUCGACCGGUGCCAUGACUCUCGGGGAUCUCCAGCUGAACCUCAACCAGCAGACCGUCCUGCUGGAGACCGCCGGCUCGGUGUCGGCGUAUGCCAGCUCGCAGCAUCUGGCCCAGGCGACGGCCCCGCCGGCCACGCCGAGCACCACCUCGCCCCCGGCAUCUCCCUCUCCGGGGGCCGGCGGCGACGCGGGGCUCCUGCCAGGGCUGACCGCGGCGCCGGUGCCCUUCCGCCUGACGCCCAACAUCCAGCGUGCUCUCGGGGCCACCCUGCUGGAUGGAGUGUUCAUCCCGUCGUUGUGGCUGUUGGCUCGCGUGCUGGCCACUCCGGGCACCCGGCUGGCUGACCUGCUGACCAUCACCCUGCGCGAUGAUGUGGCCGUCCUGCUGACCAUGAUUGUGGACCGGCUGUUUACCCAGCAGAAGCGCCGGGCCGCCGCGGCCAAUGCCGGGGACGCGCCCGUCCGCCGGCCGCCGGCUCCCUUCUCGCACAUUGACCGGGUCCAGCGGAAUGUCGACAUCAUCGAACGCCGGAUCUUGCACCUGGUUGGUGGGUCGGAGGCCGUGGCCACCGGUACCAGCCUGGCCAUUGCCCAGCUCGACCCCCCGAGCCUGGGGGCCAUGCUUGGUGGCGCCGAGGCCGCCAAGGCGGCCGCCGGGCCGGGGGCCCUGCCUCCAGGCGGCAUGCAUGCCGAAACCCUUUACCAGCCGAUCGUGGACCUGGUAUCGGUGGCCACCUCGCCGCAGCAGCUGGCCCAGAUGGAUCCCACCUGGCACCCGUGGCUGUGA